UGAAUGGACGAGGGUACGAAAUACCGAGUGCCCAUCGGCGACGCCUGCGUGUCUAUGCGCGUGUGCUUCGACUCGCUGUGCUUCUCGUCGUCGCAGCAGCCGCGCGCCGACGAGGAGGACGCCGUAGUCGCCGGUGCGUCGUCGCAGCUGCCGACGGACGGCGCGAGUGCCGCGGCCGUCGACGGCGGCAUCGGCGGCAUCGUCGCCACCACCACGCAAAUCACCCAAGUGCCGCUCCACUUCGGCGCCGGCGGUGGUGCAGCCGCGAUCGCCACGAUGGGCACCCUCAGGGAGCUCCACGAGCUGCUGCGCGUCAAGGACGAGCGGAUCGCCGAGCUCGAGGCCGUCGUCUGUUGCCGCGACGCCGAGAUCCAGGAGCUGCGCAGCCACCUCGACAAGUUCCUGAGUAUCCUGCCGUUCAGCGCGGCGCCGCCGCUCACCCCGACGAAGCCGCGUACCCGCGACCGUGCCCAGGGAAUAUCCGCGGAGCCGCCGCUCCAGGAGCUCGCGCCUCUCGCGGUGGUCGACAAGAGCGACAGAUCUCGCGAGCUGAUCAAGACUGCCAUAUUGGACAACGACUUCAUGAAAAAUUUGGAACUUACGCAAAUCCGGGAAAUUGUCGAUUGCAUGUAUCCUGUUACAUUUCCAGCUGGUUCGAUAAUUAUACAAGAAGGAGAUGUCGGCUCUACUGUCUUCGUCAUGGAGGAGGGUAAGGUCGAGGUGUCGAGGGACGGCAAAUAUCUCAGCACUUUGCAACAUGGUAAAGUAUUGGGUGAACUCGCGAUUCUUUACAAUUGCAAGAGGACAGCAACGAUCACUGCUGCGACUGAUUGCCAAUUAUGGGCCAUCGACCGACAAUGCUUCCAAACCAUUAUGAUGAGGACCGGCCUUUCGAGACAAGCUGAAUACACGGACUUCUUAAAGAGCGUGCCAAUUUUCAAAAACCUGCCCGAGGAAACUCUAAUCAAAAUUUCGGAUGUUUUAGAAGAGACAUUUUACAACAACGGGGAUUAUAUAAUAAGACAAGGAGCAAGGGGUGACACAUUCUUCAUCAUCAGUAGAGGACAAGUACGCGUGACAAUAAAACAGCCCGAUACAACGGAAGAGAAAUAUAUUAGAACUUUAAGAAAAGGCGAUUUCUUCGGUGAAAAAGCUUUACAAGGAGAUGAUCUCAGAACUGCUAAUAUUAUCGCCGACGAUCCAGAAGGAGUGAGUUGUUUGGUAAUAGACCGCGAAACGUUUAAUCAAUUAAUCUCAUCCUUGGACGAAAUCCGAACGCGGUACAGGGAUGAGUUGGUGGAACGUAGGAGAUUAAACGAGGAAUUUCGGGAUGUACGAUUACAAGACCUUCGGACUAUUGCGACUCUCGGCGUGGGUGGUUUCGGAAGAGUUGAAUUAGUCCAAAUUGCCGGAGACAGCACACGAUCUUUUGCCCUGAAGCAAAUGAAGAAGGCGCAGAUCGUCGAGACACGACAGCAACAGCACAUUAUGUCAGAAAAGAGGAUCAUGAGCGAAGCGGAUUGCGAUUUUGUAGUCAAGCUUUUCAAAACCUUUAAAGAUAGAAAAUAUCUGUAUAUGCUGAUGGAAGCCUGUUUGGGUGGCGAGUUAUGGACCGUUCUUAGGGAUAAGGGAUAUUUUGAUGAUGGUACUACACGCUUUUAUACUGCAUGCGUUGUGGAAGCAUUCGAUUAUCUGCACUCCAGAAAUAUCAUCUAUAGAGAUCUUAAACCGGAAAACUUACUUUUGGAUAAUCAAGGAUAUGUUAAACUUGUGGAUUUUGGCUUUGCCAAACGGUUAGAUAACGGAAGGAAAACGUGGACUUUUUGUGGCACACCAGAGUAUGUGGCACCGGAAGUCAUUCUAAAUAAAGGUCACGACAUAAGCGCCGAUUACUGGUCUCUUGGUGUUCUCAUGUUUGAGUUGCUUACGGGUACGCCUCCUUUUACGGGUGCUGAUCCGAUGAAGACGUAUAAUAUUAUCUUAAAAGGAAUCGAUGCUAUAGAAUUUCCCAGAUCCAUUACACGUAACGCGAUGGCACUCAUCAAAAAGCUUUGCAGGGAUAAUCCAGCAGAACGUCUUGGAUAUCAAAGAGGUGGCAUCAGUGAAAUACAGAAGCACAAAUGGUUCGAUGGCUUUAAUUGGGAAGGUUUAAAAACGAGAACUUUGGAGCCCCCGAUAUUACCACGAGUUCAAGGCGCUACAGACACUACGAAUUUCGACGCUUAUCCAGCUGAUUCAGAUCCACCGCCACCUGACGAUAUUUCCGGCUGGGAUAACGAUUUUUAACGCAAAAAAUAUAAAGGACUUCUAAUAUUCGCGUUUUUAACCUAGCAGGAAAUUGUAAUGAGACAUGACGCUCUCUCAAUUAUAUGAGAUAAUUGGCGACACCUGCAUUUAUUUAUACUUUUCUCAUGUCACGUAAUAUACAGAUUACAGUCGCAUUUUAUCAUAUUUUUACAUUUUUCGUCAUAUUUCGUAUAAUAAGUAUAAUCGAGAUUUGAAUGAGAAAAAUUGCAUUGUGAUAAAAUUAACAAUUUUUAUAAAUUUCAAAAUU